UUAACUACGUACGCGGAACAGGGACCGAACGCACCGCGACAAGCAGCAACGCGGAAGAGGCGUCGCGCGCUCCCACCGAGUAGAAAACACGGUAAACCGUCGCUUCGUUCCCCGGUGGAAGCAGUGAGGAUGUCCCGGUUGGACCGCGGCAUGUCGCCCCUCGCCGUGCUCGUCCUUCUGCAGGUGACGGUGACGGUGUUCGGCGGUAAACACUCCCUCACCUACAUCUACACGGCCUUCUCUCAUGAGCCGGUCGGCCUGCCGGGCCUCCACGAGUUCACCGCCAUGGGGAUGCUGGACGGCCAGAUGAUCGACUACUUCGACAGCGACAAGAAGGUGAAGGUCCCCAAGCAGCCCUGGAUGAUGGAGCGUCUGCCUGAUGACUACUGGGUCAAAGGCACACAGUCCCGUAAGUACAAGCAGCAGUGGUUCAAGGUCAACAUCGGCAUCCUCAUGGAGCGCAUGAAGCAGAAUAAGACAGCCACUGACCAACACGUUCUCCAGUGGAUGCACGGCUGUGAGGGCGAGAAGCAGCCUGACGGCACGCUGAAGUUCACCAGCGGCAUCGACACGUUCAGCUACGAUGGGAGGGACUUCCUGUCCUUUGAUGUAAGCAACAGCGCGUGGGUGGCCGGGGUCACGGAGGCGGAGCAGACCAAGAGGACGUGGGACGGCGUCGACGUGGAGAAGGAGUCCCUCAAAGGCUACCUGGAGAAGGAGUGCAUGGAGUGGAUGGAGAAGUUCCUGAAGUAUCAGGAGAAGCAGCUCAAAGCAGCCAAGAAACCAGAUGUUCACCUGUUCGCCAUGAACGCCAAAAAGGACGCACACACUGUCUUGAACUGCUUCGCCACCGGCUUCUACCCGAAAAACAUCACGCUGUUGGUCAGAAGGAACGGACGCGUCCUCAGUAAAGAGGACGGAGUCGAGUCUUCUGGUUCUCGGCCUAACGGAGACGGGACCUUCCAGAGGAGAGACUCUGUGGAGAUCCUGAAGACUGACGAGUCUCGGUACACCUGUCAGGUGAUCCAUGAGGAGUCCGAGGUGAACGUCCAGAAGGAAUGGGAACGACUCCCUCCAAUCUCAAUCGGACCAAUCGGAUUAAUCGGAUUAAUCAUUGAAGGGGUUCUGAGUUUACUUGUCGUUCUUUUGGUGGCUGGAGUUCUGUUCUUCUUGUACAGAAAAGGACUUCUAUCUUUCACAUGUGGAAACGGCGCCGCCUCCACCUCAAUCCGCUUCAGGGCGGUGGGCUCCACCUCAAGCGGCUCCAACUCAACCGGCUCCACCUCAAGCGGCACCGGCUCCAACGGCUCCAUGACGAGCGUAGGAACCAACAGAGCCCCUGAGGAGAACCCAGAGGCUUCUCCCCUCGCCCCCCCCGCCACUGAAGCUGAUUAGACACCUUCUGCAGAGAGGAGAAUUGGGUCCAUAAGAUUACGAUCUUUAUCAUGUCAAUCAAUGGCGGGUGCUGCACACCCAGCCCCCGGCGCUCCGGGCUUUAAGCGUCUCUAAUAGAACCUGAGAUUUGUAGGACUGAUGACGGUAAAGUUAAUGUGGAGGACGAGCUGCUUAACUUCCUUGCUGUGAGAAUUAAGACUUUAAGCCGAGACCAGAUCGUCCUGCUGGCUGUGAACACGUUCCACUCCGACUGGAUCGAGACCUCGAAAAGACUUUUGUUUGAACUUUGCCCGACUGCACAGCGGUGCGUGUUCCAUAAAGGGAAGAAAGACAUCAACAACACACAAAGUGGCUUGAGAGCAAUCAAUGAGUGUGGGGAGAACAUUCCUCUCGUUACCUCAUUACCUGGACGAACUGCCGCCGGUGACAUUUUCCAACACGGACGUUUCGAGUCUACUUGGCAGAAUGGAGCAUUUGCACAAUGAGGUCUGCUCAUUGAGGCACCCGAUGAAGCUACAAGCGCAUGUGGGCGAGGACUUUCCUGCCAUCGCGGUGGAGAUGAAGCGUCCGGCUGACCAGACUCUGUUGCCCCGGGACGGAAAAGGAGACCCGGCAACGUUGUGCCUGUUGUUGGGACCAGAGCUGUGGGCAGCAUUAAAACGGUCAAGUUGGUGAGUGUCUUUGUGACCAGGUUCUCACCAGAUCUAGAUGCUUUAGACUCUACCUCGACUAAAAACUACCAAACCAUAGCACUUAAAUUGUACUUAUAAUGGCACUUUUCUAUAACAUGUUUUGAAACUGCUUAUUUGAUUAAAUUGUACUUUCUUGUUACUUGUUCUUCUGAGUUUGUAUCUCUAUGUGGAAAUGUACUUAUUGUAAGUGGCGUGUAACUCUAAAGUAACUCUAAGCAGAACAAAAAAGAAACAAAUGGGAUGUACUACAAAUGACUACUGAUGCCAUCUCAGACACCAAGUUGUCCACAAAAUUAUCACAAUAGAAAAAGAUGAGCCAUGUAGGGGAAUCAGACAUUUAAACACAUUUAAAUGACACUUGAACAAGACUGAGUUUCUGAUUUUAUUUAAAAUAGUAAGGGUUACGAAGAAGCCCCCCGGAUAUCCCUCAGACACGGUUAUGAUGAAAUAUGGCAUAGUUCUUUUGACCACCAAAUUUAAAAAAAACACUGACUGUACCCAAUAUGCAUGGAACAUAAUUUACCAUCAAUCUACUCACCAGCUGGCAAGAUAUGUGGGUCAAUUUCAAGUUCAGCCACUUUCAGUAGUUUUGGAACGAUAUGUCCUUCUUAUUUCUGAAGGAAGAGUUUUUCUUUCCCAGGGAACAUUUUUCCAAACUCUGCAUCCAACAGGAAAGUAGCAGAUACAAAAAGAGAAACAAUCAUUUUGAAACACAGAUGAAUGUUUCAUUAAAAGCAGUGAAAGGGUAUUUAUGGCGACUUGUUUGUGAUCCAGAGUCUUCGGUUGGUGAAGGUUUUCUCCGAUGCCCAUUUUGAUAGAUGCAAUGUUCUCAGGAGAUGGUCUCAUCCUUUUAGCAGAGGUUAGACGCUCCUUGAUUGACUCUUCUUCCCCAUCUGCACUCACUCCAGAGGGAUUAGACCUCCCAAGCUUCUUGUCUUAUGUACAGCCAAGCCUUGCGUACCCGGGUCUCCAGCUUCGUGCAGCGGUGAGCUGCAUCCUAGUGGGCUCUGAUCCAGUUUCUCUCUUCAAGGGGGGGGAGGGGGGUUCCCUUUUCCAGAGGAUUCAUUUUCUGUUUUUCUAAUUUAAAAGCUGAUCUCCAAGAGAGUGUAUUUGAGUUCUAUUUUUGUGCCUUGCAAUUUCUGUUGAACAUUAAAACCCUUGUUUUGACUUCC